AUGGCCACCAGCAAGCGAGCAGGCAAGGCACUGGAGUUCUCUGGAGGGUUGACUCAACUCCAGUGGUGUGCUGGAACCGUGCAACAGUUGCAAGAGGAAGUUCAUAAGUCUGGAAAAUGCUUCCCUGGAGAGCACCCUUGUGUAGCAAACUUGGUUGAUGGUCUCUCAUCUUCAAGCCGGGAGACAGUACAGGCCGUGUGUCUGGUCCUGACAGAGGCAACUUCACGUGGUCUUGUCUCUGGAGAUGAUGUCAUAACGACUCUGAUCAGCUCCUGUGCAUCCAUGCCUCACUGGACUCUCGGUGUCCACGCCCUCGCCAAACUACUCAUGAAGAAAGUUGUACGGGCUGGUGGUUCACUUACUACUAGCCCUUAUUCACUUCGGAGCUCGCCCCUCCCAUUUAUAUCCAUAUACAACUCCAAACCUGACAGUGGGCUUGUCAUAUCUGACGUGGCAGUUCAGAUGCUGAAAGAAUCAACUGAUUGGUAUAAGUUUUAUAGAACCAGCACUUUUAUAUUGGCUGUAAGUGAACCCACCUAG